AUUGUCAUAGCCACAUUUACUUCGGUAAACUUCCUCAAAUAUGCCGUUAAGCCAUUAACUUCCUCUCUAAGGGGUGAACACACUCACGUCCUACAGACCUCAGCAACUAACUUCCACAGCAGCGGGAUUACGGUCCUCAAGAGCAUCUGAUAUGUUUGACUGUUGAAGUCGAGUGGUCACCUUUCUAUCAUGCAGAGCAUCAAGUGUGUGGUGGUGGGGGAUGGAGCAGUGGGAAAAACCUGCCUGCUCAUCUCGUACACGACUGGCGCGUUCCCCAAAGAGUACAUUCCCACCGUGUUCGACAACUACAGCUCCCAAGUCAGCGUGGACAACCGCACCGUCAGCCUCAAUCUGUGGGACACAGCGGGCCAGGAAGAGUAUGACCGCCUUCGCACGCUGUCCUACCCUCAGACCAACGUCUUCAUCAUCUGCUUCUCCAUCUCCAGCCCCCCGUCCUAUGAGAACGUCAAGCACAAGUGGCAUCCAGAGGUGACGCACCACUGUCCCAGCGUGCCCAUCCUGCUGGUGGGGACCAAGAGCGAUCUCCGCAAUGACGCGGAUGUGCUGAAGAAGCUAAAGGAGCAGAACCAGGCGCCCGUCUCGCAACAGCAGGGUCACGCUCUGGCUCGCCAAAUCCAAGCCGUCAAGUACAUGGAGUGCUCGGCACUCAGCCAGGACGGCAUCAAGGACGUGUUUGCAGACGCAGUGCGUGCCUUCCUCAGUCCUCAGCCUGUGGCUUCCAAGAAGCACUGUAUACUCCUCUGAAAAUAUAGAGAGCAUAGAGGUAUUUUAAAUGAAUUACACACAGGAAUGCAUAGAAAUUGUGGGAAUGUUAUUGAAUGUUUGGAGUAAUAGGUUUUCAGUGAACGGUGACCAAGAAACACAGCUUAAUCUGUGAAAUUAGAGAAAUACAAGAUCAACUAAAGUAUCAAGUUUUACACUGUAUUGAGAUCCCUACUGAAGACUUUUUUUUUUCUUUUUCAUAAAAGUUUUUUUUUUUUUGCUUGUAAGCAAAUACUUGGUUUUAAGGGGUGGGGGAUCAUAAGACCACUAAACAGUUUGAUACCAUUUCAUGGUAUCUCAGGAAUACAUAAAACAAUAUACAGGAACUAAACACUUAAAUAUAUGUCAGUGUAAAUGAGUUUUAGUUCCUUUUUAAUGUUUGGAGACUAUUAAUGUUGGUUAAUGAAGUUUUUUGUCUUUUAUUAUUAACAAAAACACAAUCUGAGAAUAUAUAUAUAUAGUACUAAUUAUAGUAUUUAUGCCUAAGGCAUUUGUUCUAUGAUUGGGGUGUCCUUGAGGACAGGCCUUUUGUAUCAUUAGUGACAUUAUCUAUAAUAUUGUAUGAGCCGUUCACACAGAAUGCGUUCUCGCUUUUAAAAACACGAGGCAUAGCUGAAUGUAAAAGAAAGCAGGGUUACGCUUUUAAAAGUUGAACUUCCUUUGACAUGGCAUCUUUAAAACACGAGAUGCUGUAACAGCAAAAACUGUAAGUGCACCAGUGCCUGCCCAAGUAUUUUUCCAUAAUGGCUUUUAAAAAAAGUAUUCAUUAAAAAAUAAGAAGCCAUGAACCAAACAAACUAGCAACAAGGUGAAUGUUGUGAAACAUUACAAACUUUGAUUUGAAGCAAAAAAUUAUUUGAAAAUCAAUGGCUUUAAUGGAGGGAAAAGAACUACAAUCCCAAGAAGCAUUGCAAAUGAUGUAAUCAAAUUUAAAAAGACGGCAGAUAAAUAUAAAACUACUGAUAUAAAGAUGUUGAUUGUGUACAUAGAAACAACAUAUUUUGCAUUUAUUGAAAAAUAUGCAUAUUUGUACAAAUAUUGAAGUAUUUUUAGAGCGUAUAAGGAAGAGUGACUAUCAUGUCAUUCGCAGUUCUUCAUGGGAGUGGUGUAGGUUUGAUGUCAAAGCCCCGCCCCCUGGUUCCCUCGAGAUUUUGCUAUGGGGUUUUAUAAUUGGGUUUUUCAAUUUAUGAGUAAAAUAAAGCCUGUGGUAAACAAUUUGACGAUACUUUGACAUUUUGUUCUACAACAAGAUUCUCUGAUUGGUGGAGAUUUCUUUGCAGAAUCAAGGGUAAUGUAAUUCCACGAUUAUUUAAAAAGUUUUGUUGGCUUCAACAAAAGCAUACACCAUUGAUUAACACCUCGCAGACCAAAGUAGGUCUGCCUUUAAUGGUCUAUAAGUUAUCAUUCAAAAUCAAUUCCCCUAUGGAGAAAAUCAAUGGGACGUUUACUUCCAGAGCCCUACUGUUCAAACGCGUUCUGUGUGAAGCGGCUCCUUAGACAUACCUGAUCUUGCAUGUGUGAUGAUGAGGGGGGUGUUGCCUGGCAGCUUGACGGCUUUACUUCCUUGUGGUGUGGAAACUGUCUGGCAGACCCUUCAGGAAACAGAGGUCCCAGCAUGCUAUGCGUCACAUUCGACUCUUCAUUCUUUUCUUCCUCAGCGCUCCAGGGUGGGGCUUCAGAACCUUAUUAGAAAACAAGGCACUUUCUUCACUUGGUGACUGAUUUGGGAACAGCUCGUGUUGUUUUAAAUAGCACAAUCCUAAAUGAGCCAUUAACGUAAAGGAAGGAAGCUUUCAGUUGGCCAAAGAUUCAGUUCAGCUCGUAGAUUUCAAGGCUCAGGGAUUCAUCAACAAACUCUAAAUGAUGUGUUUGGUUCAGAUGGAUGUAUAACUUUACAGUGCCUUUCUAUUAUGGAGCUUAUAUGUAAGACUGUUUUGUGUCAAAUUUCAAAGCCAAGGGCAAAAGUAUACAAAUGCUGUUUUUCCAUUUUUUAAAUGUUAUGUUUAGCCCAUUAGCAUUAGAUGAAACGUUAGCUGAAAGUCAAGACGGUAAUAUUGUGGCUCAUUAAGGACACAUGCUGCUUUCUGAAGAGUGCUUGAGUCUCCUUAAAACAUUCACAGCAAAAGGACAAACACUUCAUUGUGCAUGAAUCAUAUGAUGAUGUUUAAGUCAUAACAUGUGUUAUGAUGUGUGCUUUUGGCCAUUCAUGUAUGAGAAAUCCCACAGUCAUGUGAAAGCAAUACUUUCCAAAGCAUUUAAUAAUUCAGCUGAGAGUUUUGUGGAAGCUACAGGUCAGUCAGCCUGAUGGAACGGGACCCGUCAACAUCAUGUCCCAUUAAAGAAAUACAAAUGUA